GAGUGUGGAUCAUGUGACAGCACAGCAGCAGUUUCUACACCACACACGCACGACACACACAGACACAAAAACACCAAGCGAGUAAGUCAGUGAGUUUUAUAAGUUUGGGAAGUUGUCGCCCGCUCAGCGUGUAGAUACCACCGCGGGGAGCUGACUGGCUUGUUCUCAUGUGAGCGACGCCGAAGCAGAGUGACUUUGCAGCGGACUAAAACGGAGAGAGUUGUUCCAAGUCGUUGUCCAGCAAGUAGACGGCUCCCGCCCUUUCGGAAAGGCUUUCGGCCAUUGCAGCCAUGCUGAUGUAUGAUUACCCUCUGAAAACAGACAUGGAGACGUCAUUCUACUCACCGCUGGUGAAAACGCCGGAUCCGUACGGAGUCUACUUCUCCCAUCCGACCCACGUCUACCACCACAGCCACAUGCAGGCCCUGACCCAGUCCCGCGCCGCGAGCAACCCAUCGCACACCCAGCUGGAGCCCGUUGAUCUGUCCCUGAGCAAGCGCUCGUCCUCCUCCGCCACCUCCUCCUCGUCCUCCCCUCACUGCUCGUCCGCCUCCUCCCCGGCCUCCUCGCGGAGCACCCCACCAUCGCCUUAUAGUACCGCCAGCCGUGCCUCCCCGCGCUGCUCCCCCCGGCUGAGCCAGCGGCACUCCUCGCCGUCCCACGCGCUCCCGCCGCCCGCCACCUCGCUGUCGUACCCCACCAUGGUGGCUCCUCUGAUGGGCGCAGGCUCCGGCGUCAUCCAGAGCUCGGGGGUCAUGGUGUCUCCGGUCAUGGUGCCUCUGUCCGUCCUCUAUCCCUCCCCGCUCCACUUGCACCAGCCCAUAAUGGUGAGCGCACCUGUUACGGCGGACGAUGAGCAUCAUCACCGUCAUCAUCAUCAUCAUCAUCGAAGCAGAGACCACAAGACAGUUCAAUCCAGAAAGUCAUUGGAUGGGCGAGGCGAUGGGCACGACUUGCACAAGCUCAUCAAAACCGAGCCCCGUCCCGAGCUCAUUCAUGAGCAUCACAGCAGCCACGACAUGAAGUCAUCGGUCAUCAGGAUACCACAAGAAUAUGAGGGCAACAACCCGUCCGUUAUUGUCCAUUCGGCCACUCAGCAUCCUCUCCCCGCUGACUCUCCGGACACGCUGAAGAAGAGAAGAAUCCACCGUUGCGAUUUCUCUGGUUGCAACAAAGUCUACACAAAGAGUUCACACCUCAAAGCGCACCGUAGGACGCACACAGGCGAGAAACCGUACAAGUGCAUGUGGGAAGGCUGCACAUGGAAGUUUGCCCGGUCCGAUGAGCUGACGCGGCACUUUCGCAAGCACACGGGAGUGAAACCUUUCCAGUGUCCUGACUGCGAGCGCAGCUUUUCCCGCUCCGACCACCUGGCCUUGCACAAAAAGCGCCACCUCCUGGUGUGAAACUUCAACUCAGGACAACUUGAGCUGAAUUCAACAUUGGACUGUACCACUUGGACUUUGAGGGGCGGGGCUGGGGGUAUAAAUAUCGGACUCCAAUGUACGGAUUGGGGCAAGCUGUGAUGCUUUCACCUCUUUGACCUGAAUAUGAGCUGGUAUCCUACUGCAUCCAAAAAAACAACAACUUUGAAUCAUUCACAGCAUGUUGCCAUUACAUUUUGGGGAAUCCAAACAUUUUCUCUUUUGAAAGUGAUUGCAACAUCUCAGCUGGUUUGAGAGUGCUUCCCCCUUGUGGCCUUACAAAACACGUACGGAAAGCCGUUGGAGAAUUUAUGCCAACGCCUUUGAUUUCCAAUUUUGGGUCCAUGUACUUGUACUUGUAACCAGCUCCCUAUGAGCAUUAAUUUGUUAUCCUAUUUUGUGUUUUUUAUGGUCUUACUAGUGAGGCCAAUGGGCAUACCAGUGGAUGGACUUUAAACUGGAUAACAAGGUUCUGGAAUAAAUGCUUUAAGUGCUUUCCAUACACAUAUGCACCAUGAACAAACUUUUCAUGUUAAAGGAAACCCUUUUUUUUUUUAAUUUGUCUUCGAGGGCCAACGAAAUGUGAAGUUUUUCACAUGGUAUUGCAUCACACCUACUUGUGGGCAGUGUGGCUAACUCGUCUAAUGCUAGUCCCCCAAAUUGAAACAACACACACCUCAUCUGCUUCGAAAAGCUUGAAUGAUGCGUUCUCUUAUGUGCACACUUUAAUGGAACACAAUGCAGGAAAAAUGCACUUAAUGAAAUUUGGGUUAGAAAGUAUUUUGGUUGUUUUUAUUUAGAAAUGUGAACAUUGCUGUACCUGGGGCAUUAUAUUGUUUCGAUCAGGACAUGCAUAAGGAUAUUAAGUGCAGCAAAAUAUCUCAUUUCUUAUAUCAAGCUUCAAAAGUAUAUCUAUAAUAUGAUCGUUUUGGAGGGCGGGAAGGUUGUGAUGCAAUGUCAAUCUAAGUUUUUUCUCUUGAGACUCUUACUUGGGGAAAUGUCAGCGUUCAAGGCAAGGAACCGGACGGGACUUUUUUUGCUUUCAAUAUUUCUGCGUACCAACAUAAUUCCAAUCGAAUUUCCCUUAUUUAGCUAUCCGUUCUUUACAGCCUCCCGAGAACAAAGAGCGAAUCAAGGAAUGUGUGUUUGUGUGAGUGUGUUCAUGUCUCCAUGCUGUGUGCACUUUAUAGGUAAGAUUCAAACCAGCAUUCCCAAAAGCAUACAUUGAUCCACAUAAACUAAACAUACCCGAAUGUAGCGGCUCAACAGAUCAGCAUUUUCCUUUUUUUUUCUUGUGAUGGUUUUUGUCUGUCUGCAAAUAUAAGUUGUAAUAUAUAUUAUAUAUUAUAUUCAUAUAUAUUUUCUAAUUGUUAGACUGAAAGGGCAAUUACAGGUUUUUAUUAAGCAUGAUUUUGAUACUCAUAAUAAUGAAAAAUAUUACACAUUUCUGCAAUGUUGUGUCUCUCAUGAACUUUAUCUCCUUUUAAUCUACAUUGGUAAUUCAAAGGGAAUGUGUAAACUGUGAGCAUAACUACAGAUGUGUGUGGAAUUCUGCAUUUGUUUUAAAACAAAAUAUUCAUACCACUUAAUAAACUUAUUGCUAUUAUUAUCA